UCUUUAGGUUUGCUGUAUAUCUUGUCCUAGAGAAGCUAGAACUUCAGGUCUAUCAGAGAUUGUUGAAAAAAGAUUUAUAUUAUCCAAAAGCUGAAGGACCCAAGCAAAGCUCACCAGCUGAAGUUGGAAGUAAUUGUCAAAGCAUUGAAAUGGUCAUUGAUGUGGAUGAGGUAGAGGGCAUAAUGGCGAUGCUAAUACACAAAAGUCUGGGUCAAAAAGAAUGGCUUGCAGAGGUUCAAUUUCUUGGUGUGGUAAAUCACCCAAAUCUAGCAAAGCUUCUAGGAUAUUGCUCUAUAGAUGGAGAAAGAGGGAUCCAACGGCUAUUGGUUACAAAUAAUGCUUGGUGCUGCUCAAGCUCGGAUUGGCUUAUCUACACGAGGGACUGGAAGUCCAGGUGAUAUAUCGAGAUUUCAAAUCCUCCAACGUGCUCUUGGAUGAGGACUUUAAGUCGAAGCACUCAGACUUUGGGCUUGCUAGAUAAGGGCCAAAGGGUGACCGUACUCAUGUAUCGACAGCAGUAAGUAGAUAAUAGAUGACUUAUUUUAUUACUACCCCAAGUUCUUUUAGAAAUCAAUGUCAACUUCAUUUGGAGGUUGGCAGAAUCUUGUUUAAAUUGCAAUAUUGAGAGGACAAUUGGUAUUAGUUAUUAUUCGCCUUUCUGAUGGUGUUUCGUUUUUGUACUGCUUGCUGAAUCUAAUGAAAGGGCUGACCUAUUUGCGUUAAACAAAAAAAAAA